GGCUGGCGGCGCCGACUCUCUCUCUUUCUCUCUCUCACUCACUCACUCUCCUGAGGGGCACGUGACAGGAGCCGCUGGGGCUACUACAACCGAGUGCUUCGGCGGGUGGGGUGCGCCGAGAGACCAUGAAGCAGAAGUGGUUGCUGUGUGCAGCAUUGCUGUUAGCUGGAGCCUCUGCUAUCCUGGCACAUGAAACUCACGAUCACGAUCAUGAUCAUGAUGACGACGACGUAAUAGAUAUUGAAGAUGACCUUGAUGAUGGCGUUGAAGAGGUAGAAGAGUUGAAGCAUGAAGCGAGCACUCCACCCCCACUCCCUAAGGUUACCUAUAAGGCCCCAGUCCCAACAGGAGAUGUUUAUUUUGCCGAGAACUUCGAUAAAGGAACUUUAGAAGGGUGGUUUCUAUCUAAAGCUAAAAAGGACGAUAUAGAUGAUGAAAUAGCCAAAUACGAUGGCAAAUGGGAAGUGCAGGAAAUGAAGGAUACUAAACUACCAGGGGAUAAAGGACUUGUGCUGGUUUCUCGAGCUAAGCAUCAUGCAAUCUCUGCCAAACUCACCAAACCCUUUGUCUUUGACACCAAGCCUCUCAUUGUACAGUAUGAAGUCAACUUCCAGAAUGGAAUUGAGUGUGGUGGUGCUUAUGUAAAGCUGCUUUCGAAAACUCGUGAGCUGAACCUGGAUCAAUUCCAUGACAAGACUCCCUAUACCAUUAUGUUUGGCCCCGACAAAUGUGGAGAAGACUAUAAAUUGCACUUCAUCUUCCGGCACAAGAGCCCCAAAACGGGCAUGUAUGAGGAGAAGCAUGCGAAGCGUCCUGAUGCUGAUUUGAAGAAUUACUUUACUGAUAAGAAGACUCAUCUUUAUACACUGGUUCUAAACCCAGACAACAGCUUUGAAAUCCUGGUUGAUCAAACUGUUGUAAACAGUGGGAAUCUUCUUUCUGAUAUGACCCCUGCCGUGAAUCCGCCACGAGAGAUAGAGGACCCAAAUGACCAGAAGCCAGAGGAUUGGGAUGAGAGAGCUAAGAUUCCAGACCCAGAUGCUGUUAAACCAGAUGAUUGGGAUGAGGAUGCUCCUGCUAAGAUUCCAGAUGAGGAUGCUGUGAAGCCAGAAGGCUGGCUAGAUGAUGAACCAGAAUAUGUUGCUGAUCCUGAUGCAGAGAAACCAGAAGAUUGGGAUGAAGAUAUGGAUGGAGAGUGGGAGGCACCUCAGAUUGCGAAUCCCAAAUGUGAAUCUGCCCCUGGUUGUGGUGCUUGGCAACGUCCCACAAUUGACAAUCCCAACUAUAAAGGCAAAUGGAAAGCACCCAUGAUCGAUAACCCUAACUACCAGGGCAUCUGGAAGCCAAGAAAGAUUCCAAACCCAGAUUUCUUUGAAGACUUGGAACCUUUCAGGAUGACCCCCUUUGCUGCUCUUGGGCUUGAGUUAUGGUCUAUGACCUCUGACAUAUUAUUUGAUAAUUUCAUCAUCUGUACAGAUCGGGCAGUGGCAGAUGACUGGGGUAAUGAUGGAUGGGGUCUGAAGAAGGCAGCUGAUGGCGCUGCUGAGCCCGGUGUUGUGGGUCAGAUGAUGGCAGCUGCUGAAGAGCGUCCCUGGCUUUGGGUAGUCUACAUCCUUACUGUGGCUUUGCCUGUGUUUCUUGUUGUCCUCUUCUGCUGCUCUGGAAAGAAACAGCCAAGUGCUGCCGAGUACAAAAAGACUGAUGCUCCUCAGCCAGAUGUAAAUGAGGAAGAGAAAGUGGAGGAAAAAGACAAGGGAGAAGCAGAAGCAGAAGAAAUACAUGAAGAAAAGCCAGAAGAAAAGCAGAGAGGUGAUGGUGAUGCAGGAAGUGCUAGUCAAGAGGAGGAGGAAGAAGAGGAGGAGGAGGAGGAAGACGAAGAUGAAGAAGAUAGCAAACCUAUUACAGAGGAGGAAGAAACUGUGAAUAGAUCCCCCAGAAACAGAAAACCAAGAAGAGAUUGAAAUAUCCUAAAAACUUGAUCUGAUUAAUUUUCCCCAACAUGGUUUUGGGAGAGGACCUUGGAUACCUUUUGCUGAAACUCAAAUAAAAAAAAAACCAACCUCAGACUUCACCAUCCACAGGUUCCUGUCAAAUGCUCUCCAGUGUAAAUGAGUGUUAGCAGUAAAAUAUUCGCAAUUGUGUUUUUACAUAGAGUAUUCCUGUAGAAAAAGAAUGCAUUUAACACAACCCAGCUAAGAAUUUCUGGAAUGUUACAAUAACUAACAUUUUUUUGUUUGAAAAAUUUUGUUUUUGAAUAGAAUGAUAGAAUUGCCAGUCUCAAAACCUUGACUCAACUUAAUGUAUUAAUCUAUCAACGGAAAUGAACAGCAAUCCUUAGAAAAUUGCUUGGUAUACAAUUUUUAUAUGUUUAUUUUUCUUAUUUUUCUUUUACCAAAAUGAACAUACUCAUACAUCACAGUUCCCUUAGUUUGAUCAUGUCAAAGUAUGCUGGUCAGUUAUGUUAAAACUUGUACUUCAGUCAGAUAGGAGAGAGAGAGAGCUCAAAUCCAUUUCAAGAAACUAUUAUCAAGUGCUUAAAUAACUUUCCUUCUUAUUGGAGGAAGGGCAUAAUGAGGCCAUGGAAUACAUAUAUUGGUCAUGGGUACUGCCCAGUGAAAACAGUAUUCAUAAUCAACUUGAAUUUGAGAGUAAGUUCUGGUUUAGGUUACUAAGACUGAGACUGGAUUUAGCCCUUGGAAUUCUUUUCAGUAUAGAAUUUAUUUUCAUGGUGUUUUUUGGUUUUUUGGUUUUGUUCUUUUUUAAACAAUUCCCCCCUCCAAUGGUUUUAAAACUAAUUCCUCCUGUUCUAGCUUCUGCUGCUGCUAUGCAGUUUGUUCAGAAUGCAGCUUAGCUGCUAUAGAAUGCAUAUGCUCAGUUCAUUAAAUCUGUUUGUGAUGUGUGUUUUUAAUCUCAAAGGUAGAACUACUUUCUGGGGUCCAAACACUGUGGAUAGUACAGUGUUGCUAACAUUCUCAUUAUUGCCAUUGUAUGUACAUUCAUGCGCAGAGAUGAAGCAAAGGCAAGCCAAUCUAAAGAUUUGCACCAAAAGCAGAUGUCAGUAUUUUGCGGCUAAGGAAGGAGCAUGUGAAAGCUUCCCGGGUAUAUGUACCAUUUUGAGACUCAAUCUGCUCUUCAUGUAUCAAACUAUAUUGUUAAUGUAGGGGGUUCCAAUUCCAGCUGAAUAAAUUUUUUAAAAAUGUGUUGCAUUUUGUAUCUAGCAAUUGUAAUCCCUUUUUUUGUGGAAUACACACUCUGCCUCUAAAGAUAAAAUGUAAUUCUGUGCUGUUGUAUUGGAAGACUAGGGGGUUGGGAAGAAAGUAAAUAAGCUUGUGGGCAAAACUACUGUAUGUGCACUGAAUAGAAACACUCCAGAUUUUUAUGUGUGGAUAAGAGGUUCUCAAAGUCACAGAGGUUUUGCUUCUUUAAGGUAUGAUUUUCACAUUCAAAUUUCCCUAUAUGCUUUUCAGGUAUGCUUCCUGGCACCUGGUUUGUUUGUUUUUCCACAAUAGUGUUGCUGUUCUCAUUGGAGGCUCCAGAGUUCACAGGCUUAAUUAACUCCUUUUAGUUGUUUAGGCAGCUGAUAAAAAGAAAUUGCUUCCAUAGCUGCCUCUUCUGUCUUUUCCCCCUCACAUGGUAGACUUGCAGCGCCCCAUUCAACACCUCAGUUUGUGCUAAUUGUAACAUACUUUAUUUAAUGCUGUGUGUCAUGUGAACAAUCUUAUGUUAUUCUUUAUUUCUGGUGUGUUCCUCUUUCUCCAGACUGUGAGGGAAGUUAAUUUUUAAUUUCCUUUUCUGAUGAAAGUCAUAAGGCAAUUCUUAAUUUGAAGCUAAAAGUAAUAUAUUUUUGGAAUUUGUAGGACCUCUUCAGAAUAUGCCUGUAUGCAUCUUUUGGCUUUUUUUAUAUCAGUGAAAUUUGCAAAGCACUACAUCAUUUUUAUCAAUUGUUUUAAAUGUACUACUUAAAGACUUUGAGCCUGGUGUGUAAUUGUGAACCCAUAUUAAGAAAUAUUCCACACGAGAGGGUUGCCCCAUCAACAAUUUCAGAUUAAAGCACGAAUUUGCAUAUUAUGGAGUAAGUUGAAGUUUCCAAAUAAUUUGAGGUUCUUAUUCUAUCUGACUUGAAGAUGAUUAUUUUUGUUUGCUUGAAGACAACAUUCAGCUGUAGGAAAUCUUUUAUUGCCAACACAGAUGAAUUUAUAGUGGGGAAGAAGCUGAAUCCUAAAACUGCAUUGGUACCUUGAUAAGACUUCUAAAGGAAAAGGUUCCCUUUCAAAGAGGAUGACUUCAAGGUUAAUGGGAUGUUAGACUACCUAUUUGGCUUUUUAUUUUAUGUAAAAGAUAAAACUGCAUUCAAGCAAUUUCAGAUCUAUCUGUAUUAGUGUGUUGAGUAAAAGGUAGAUGAUUUUAAGCAAGGUAAUGCUAUACAAUGAAAAAGUGGUUAAAUUUUAAAAUGCUGAUGUUAAAAUCCACUGAGAUGUGGAUGUUACAGAUGCCUGGAGUCUUGUGCAAUUAGCCAUGAAUGGGGAAAGGUAUCUUGGAUCUUCAGUGCUUGGUUCCACUUAAUCUGUGGCAGUAAAUAUGGUGCUAGACUAAUUUCUUGGCACCUUGCUGCCUUCUCUUCACUAUAGUUUUCUAAAUGCCAGUAUUGCCUCCAUACAAGUUUCAGAUGCAAACCCCUUAAGUGUUGGUAAACAAGACUGUGACUUUCUUUAAAAAGUCCUGACUGUUAUUAAAAAAUCUAAAGAUGCGGUAUGCAUAUAAAUAUAUUGGUUAAGUUAUAAACAAAUGUAAGCUUGCUCUGAUUAAUAAAGAAACUUAAAUCACCA